CCCACACUGUUAGAAGCAGCCCAGAAGCCCCAUCCUCUUAAACCAAUAUGGCGCCAGCGUACAGCUGCUCCACUCUCUCUUCUCUCACUCGCAGGGCAGCGCUUCACUAAACCGCUGAAGUGAGGGGAAAUUUCGCCUGCCUCCACCUCGCUGCUUCUCUCCUCGUUUACUUUUCCUUCUCCGAAUUUAAGUUCCGUCUCUAGAUAUCUAAAAAUAUCUCAGUUUUUCUUGUGUAAACUGCAGAAACUCACCUGCUGAUCCAGACUCUGCUCCCUCUGUUUACUGCGCUGCUGAGAGAGAGAGAGAGUGUGAGGGCGCUUCUCACAAAACUGAAGAAACUGAAGACCGAGCUUUCAGCUGGACAUUAUUAACUCUACUAACACCUUUAACACGGAGUUUUCCCUCAAACAACCCGCCGAGCCAUGUGAAGGAGUGAGUUUACUGAGUUUACUGAGUUUGGGAACAGAAGAAGAGAAGAGGUCUUCUCCCUCACAGCCAGGAGGACAUGCGUCUGAAGAUGAGUGAGAACAACUAUCAGCUUGAAGAGAGGGACAGAGACAGGCUUCCUCCCAUCAUAAACCAUAGUUUGGACCGUGGACCAAAACUGCCCUUCUCCUCAUACGGAAGCUUCAUCUCAACCCUGAACCACAAGAGAGAUUCAGGCAGUCACAGCUUCUCCACUCAUCUCCUCUUACCUGCAGUCAGACAAGUCAGAGAACUUCCCCCGAUCUGUCCAGAUGUUCGACAGAAGCAGCGAAUCUCCAUUGACGUUUUGCCUCCGGAGGUUAAGGCUCGCUUUGCCUCAGAUCCCAUCAUCCCCAUCCGCACCAAAACCGCCAAAGAGUUUCAGGAAGAUGUUGAAAAGGCAACUAUCUCAGGUGAUUGGAAGCAAGUCCAUGAUUUCUACUUGACCACAUUCGACUCCUUCUUGGAACUCAAUGCUGCCUUUAAGAAAGAAGCAAACGCUCCAUUUAAUACUAUUGAAGACUCAGGAAUAAACACCAAAUUUGUAAAUGCUGUUUAUGACGCCUUACUUCACACGCCCCCAGACACCCAGAAAUCAGUCCUGAAGGGAAUCAUUAAUAGCUUAUUAAGGGAAUGGAAAGGGCCACGGACAAAAGACGACCUGAGGGCAUAUUUCAUUCUAGUUCAGAACCCUCAGUACACCAGCACGGCCACAUAUGUCAUCUAUGCACACUUACUGAGGCAGAUCGCGGCGCUGGCUGAAGCAGACCACCAUUUCCUGAUGCACUGGUUUAAGAAACUAUCUCAGAAGCGGUUCAAGCAGCUGGUGGAACGCCUACAGCUCUUCAUCACCACACGGCUGUUCCCUGCCAAACCAGAGGAGCUGCCGCCCAUGGCCAAGUGCUCAUGGUGGAUCCCGUCUGCCACUAAAGUUCUCUCGCUCCUCAAUGCUGCAAACAGCAUUUCUUCUCCUCCCAUCAUUCCUUUCUCCGAUUUUUAUAAUCUCACACUGGACCACAUUGACUUCAUGGAAGACUACCAGACGUGGCAAGCGCAUGGAAAUUCCAACAGGUUUACCUUCUGCCAAUUUCCCUUUAUUCUGUCCACGGUGGUGAAGAAGGCCAUCAUCCAGCGAGACUCAGAGCAGCAGAUGAUCAGCAUGGCCAGGCAAACCCUGGUGGACAAGGUCUCUCGCAGACAGAGGGUGGAUAUGAGUCUGCUCUUUCUCAACAUUAAAGUGAGGCGUCUGCAGCUGGUCAGUGACUCACUGGAUGAGCUUUCGAGAAAGAGAGCAGACCUAAAGAAAAAGUUAAAAGUGACGUUUGUUGGGGAAGCAGGCUUGGACAUGGGCGGACUCACAAAGGAGUGGUUUCUUCUCCUGAUUCGACAGAUUUUUCACACUGACUACGGCAUGUUCACAUAUGUAAAGGACUCCCAGUGUCACUGGUUCAGCAGCUGGAAAUGUGACAACUGCUCAGAGUUUCGUCUGGUUGGAGCUCUGAUGGGUCUGGCCGUGUAUAACAGCAUCACCCUGGACAUCCGAUUCCCACCCUGCGUUUACAAGAAGCUGCUGACCCCUCCCAUCAUACCGUGUGACCCUGACGCCCCUGUCGGCAUGGCGACCCUCACCCUGGACGAUCUGCAGCAGAUCAUGCCUGAUCUCGCUCAUGGCCUUGGGGAGCUACUCAGUUAUGAGGGAAAUGUUGAAGAGGACUUCUAUACAACCUUUCAGGUUUUCCAGGAAGAACUUGGAGUAGUCAAGUCAUAUAACCUGAAACCAGGGGGGGAUAAGAUUCCGGUCACAAACCAGAACAGAAGAGAAUAUGUCCAGCUGUACAUUGAUUUCCUGCUGAAUAAGUCCAUCUACAGGCAGUUUGCAGCCUUCUAUCAUGGCUUUCAUAGCGUGUGUGCCUCCAAUGCCCUGAUGUUGUUGAGGCCGGAGGAGGUUGAGAUCCUGGUCUGUGGGAAUCCCAAUCUGGACAUGAGCUCUCUGCAGAGGGUGGCGCAGUACGAGGGCUACAGCAAGACAGAUCCAACCAUCCGUGCAUUCUGGGAUGUAGUCCUGGGCUUUCCUCUGGAGCUGCAGAAGAGGAUGCUCCACUUCACCACAGGAAGUGACCGUGUUCCAGUGGGAGGGAUGGCUGACCUCAACUUCAAAAUCUCCAAGAUUGACGUUUCCACGGACUGGUUGCCUGUGUCGCAUACAUGCUUUAACCAGAUCUGCCUACCUCCAUACAAGAGCAAGAAAGAACUGAGGCAAAAGCUGACCAUCGCCAUUUCUAACGCUGAGGGCUUCGGCUUGGAGUAACGUGUGAUGACACCAUGGAGGAGGACAGGCCAGGGUGUCAUCAUUUGUGUCAUUCCGUUGAAUCAGAAUCUUUCUAGCUACCAAGUGCCGGUACAGGGUGUGUCAGGAACUUCUGCUGGUGUGGGUGUCAAUAAUGUACCAUUAACACAUUAAAUAAAAAAAAUACAUAAAAUAACAUGGAUGUAGCUAUUUAAACUGCAGUGGUAUCUUGACAAAAGUGGCAAGUAAAAUCAUACUAGGAUUAGUCUUGCGUAAUCUAUUUUUUUUGUUGUUGUUGUUUCAAGAUGUUGUAAUUUUAUUAUUAUAAUUAUAAUCUAUUUAUAGAGAUUUUAUGUAUGUUUUAUUCCAUGGGCAGAUUGUUUCAAGCAAAAAAAAAAAAACUAACUUUUAAACCUAAAGUAAUUAAUCUCAACAUAUUCCUACAUCAAGCUCAAAAUUAAAUCUUUAAUAAUUUGACUACUACAGUGUAAAAAAAAAAAAAAAAAAAAGUUACAUGCCAUAAUUAAACCUACAGUAUAUGAACAUUUUCAAAAACUUAUUACCAACAAGCAGGUGGAAUUUUAUUAGCAUUGACUGGUGCAGAUUUUAUAGCCACAGAAGCUAUUUAAUAAGUAAAUAAGCCUUUUCAAAUGUUUAUAUAGGUUAUAUAGGUUUAUGGAAGCUUAUGCACAGUGUUGCAUAUCCUUAGAAAUGCUGCCCAUCAGUAAAGUUUUAUUCAUAAUUAUGGUUGCUUUAGUGAUAUGAGCUUCUAUACAGCAUUUUGAUUGGCUGCAUAAUUUUUAUAUAAAUGUUGUUAAUUAUUUUUUUUUUCUUUAAGAGUAAAUGGGAGUAAAAGUGUAUGCCCAUCUACUGUGCUUCUGCUUAACUGAUACGCGCCAUUUAGGACAUACUUUCUCAGGGCAGGCCUCCGAGAAGACAUUUAAUAUCAUUUUGACCCACAUUAUUCAUUCCUUUUCAUUUUCGUCCUAGAGUUUCAUUUGCUUGACAUCCACCAAAUUGCAUGCACUCCUUCAGGGCAGGCCUCUGACAUCUAAUGCACAGUUAUACUGACUUGAAAUUAUCUUUUUGUUGUUUUUUCAUCGCUCAUUCCUUUUUUUUGACACCUUUUAAUUUUCUCAAACACAAAAGCCAUAGAGUUCCUGUCUCCUGAGAGUUUACAAACUUCUUGCACUCACCUUUUGUUUUUUUCUUCCCUCGUUCCUUUCAUUUACUUUCAUUUUUGUUCUAUGUUCCUGCCUGGGUCAAUGUUUAAUGAUAUUAAAUCAGAUGAGCUGGAGGGCUUUGGGCAACCAGGAGAAAUCUAAAAACAAGUUUUUUUUUUUGUUCUCUUUUCCUCUUUUUUUAUUAGUUUUUUUAAAUAAUGUGCUUAUGUGUCUAAAACCUCUGCAGAGUACUAUAUGUAUAUAUUUUUUGUAUUUUAUUUUAACACUCAUGUGACACCCAUGCCAAGAGAAAGUCCUUGUUUGCUCUGUUCUUGGUGAAUGACAAGAUUCUGAUUGAGGUACAGUAGCUAAAGAAAGCACAUUAGGCAACAUGAAUUCCGCACUGUAGCUAGAUUUGAAGUUUAACUAGAAUUUAGCCGUUCCAUAUGACUGUGGUGUGGUGUGGUGUGGUUUGGUGUGGUGUGGUGUGGUGUGAUGUGGUGUGUGUAUGUAUGCAUGUAUGUGCGUGUUAAUAGUUGCGGUUUGUAUUUGUAAUGAACCAGGAUUCCAGGAAGAAUCUAGUUAAAGUGUACCGGGUUGCAGGUGUUUGGACUCAGGAUAUCGUCAUCAUUAAGACAAAAAAAACCUUGUAUCAAAAUCAGAUGAUGAUGAUGAUGAUUGGACCAGUAGAUGGGCUCAGUUUUGGUCCAUUUUACUUGGAGUAAACUUGGAGUAAAAUCUUUUUUAAAAAACUGAUUCCCAUUGAGAGUUAAAGUUUUCUCCUUCUCCUUUAAAGUUGCAAUUAUGCAGAUACAAGGUUUUUGUCCAUUACUGAAGACAUAUUGGUUUGCCUUAUGUACAUUAACAUACAUCUAGGACCAAACCUAGAUAUGUUGCAUUAAAAUAUUUUAUUGUGUUGUGUUUUGUAUGAAUGACAGAAUAUCAGCAUUCGAUAUGUUCAGGACUUCAGUAUAGUGAAAGUUUAUUUGUGGAGAACUAUUUAAACGGUUAGCACUACUAAAGAUUGACAGCUUUGAUUUUGCUUGGCUAGCAGGGGGUUGGAGUCUAAUGCAAUCCCACAGUCCGGCAGUGGAGAGGCUGAAAAUAGGCCAGAGAGAGGCUUGGUCUGUGUGAAAAUAGCUUUGCUAACAGUCUGUCACUAGCGCUAGUGCUGCUCUGCUCUAAGUGCUUAAAGUGACAGUGUUCCGACUCCUUGGUUACAGGCUACAAAGCCUCUUUGUUAGAGUGUAAUUGAUUCCUGAGAUUCUCCACUGUUUGGGAGGUUAAGCCUGUUAAAAAUUCUAACGUUAAAAAGCUGAAACUGUUCUUUGUGCUCAGAAACGGAUUUGUUCUGUAUAUAAUUCUGAAAAGUCUUGACGACCCUUUUGUAACCUCUUUGAAGGGAAAGGAACAAUGCUAACAUGUCUUUUGACUUUUGUGUCGGUUAAAGUGAUCCUUGUGAUGACUAGCUAUAGUGAGUGAUGAUAGCUUGUAUCUCUGUGGUAGAUAUUGUGUGUGUGUUAGUACUCCCCUUUACUCCUAAAAAUAAUGGUGCUACAAAGGGUUCUUUAAAAUGACAGUCCAGAAGUUUUUUGCAAGAAUGUGUAUUGCACUAAGCAAAGCAGAAGAGUACUUUGAAAACAUGCAUAGUGGUUCAGUAUCAUUUCAGAGUAGAUGAAUCAGGUGGGAUUCUGCAUUCUAGAUUCUGUCCUGCUUUCUUUUAUUUUGCCAGUUUGAAUUCUGUGUUUGUUUAGUAUAACAGUGUAUGAAUAAGCAGGUGAAGGUUAAGUUUGCUGCAGCGCAACAAAAUCAAAAGCUUUCAGAAAGACAUGGCAAUAAUAACUCACAGGAAAACCUACCAGACCCUUGUGUGUUUUUUUUAUUUUUAGAAUUAAUAGAUUGUGACCUUGCAGAAAUGUCUACAAUAAUGCUAUUUAUGAAAAUGUUCUGUCCCCUAUCCACUCAGGAAGAUUACUGCUUUCAGUUUUAAAGAAGAACAUCUUAUAGACUUUAACCAAAGCUGUAGAACAGUGGUUCUACGGUGUCUGUAAUGUUCUAUAAAAUACAGGAGAAAACUUUAUAGAUCAGUCAUUUAUAAUAUUCUGCAUGCAGCAAUUUAGUUUUUUUAUGUUAUAUUUGUUGUACCACUUUGGGAUGCUUUGAAUUUGAUAUUAGCACAUUAACUGUCACAUGAUAUCAGAAGAGUAAAUAAGUGACACUGUUUUGCUGCCAUUACUAAAUACCAGUAAAUUAAUUUUUCUGUCCAGUCAGAAAAACAAAUGGCUCUUUCUUUAAACCAAUUUCUAUAAUACAGUGGUGCAACAUACUGAUGCCACUGUAUUAAAAAUAAAAGGAAAAAUCUGAAAUUUGCUGGUGGAUAACUAAUAAUGAAUUCUUAAAUGUGAUGCAGAGGACUUAUUUAUUCCUGUUCAGAUGUUGGACCCCUGUUCUACAGCACUGAUCAAAGAACCCUUGUAGAACUAUUAUUUUGAAGAGAUUUGGGUACAGAUUGGACGCUGAGGUUUGUGACAUCAAACGAUGUGGAGAUUAAUUUAUUUUACAACUGUCUGUCUUAAAAACAGAUUGGAUGAGUACAGUUCUAGAAAAUGAGAAUCAAAGCUCUGCUGGUAGCUCUUUGAUUGAAUGGUCAGAAAGAUCUGAGUGAUCUUGCUAAUAGAAUAGCUCUUUCUUGCCUUGUCUUUGUAAAUGGCUGAACUCUGGUAAUGUUAUACGAACUGUUCUUUUUUUCUUUUUCUUUUUUUCGUCUCUUGUCAUCAGCCACAAUCUUGCAACUGUUCACUUUAUUGCUUCAUGUCUUGUAUGACUGAAUACAAAUGUAUUUACUAUAUAUUUAUUUCAACUUUGCUCAUUCUUAAUGAUUAAAGUUAUACGGCAACACUG